GGCUGCUCUCUGCGCAAUUUGGCAGUCAAUCAAGAAGGGUUUUCUCUUACUAUAGCUCGUUCUCAAAAUUUGCCGUCGCUCGCUCACACUUCCAUCACUAAUGGCUGACAACGCCGUACUCGAUUCCCGCCCCAACCAGAUCUCGAAAGAUGUUCAAGUUCUUGACAAUUCCAUUCCACUUUCACCACAGUGGCUUUUACCCAAACAUGGGGAGAGCAAGACUGGAGCUGUUACUGGGGAGAACUAUUCCAAUCCUCUGUCAGUUCAUGCUGCUCAAUUUGCUGGUGCAAAACCAACUGAAACUGGAGAUGAUUUCAGUGACCACCCCAAGAAGAAAGAUGUUUUUCGUCCUUCUGUGCUGGAUAUGGAAUCUGGUCGCCGAGACCGCUGGCGAGAUGAGGAAAGGGACACUAUUUCCUCCAUCCGCAAAGAUCGAUGGAGGGAAGGAGAGAGAGAGCACAGCGAUAACCGCAGGGUAGAUCGCAAGGUUGAUUUGUCAGGGAGGCAAUCUGGAGAAGCACGCCGUGUGCCAGGAGAGCGAUGGAAUGAUUCAGGUAACCGAGAUACACAUGACCUACAUCGGGAGAGCAAAUGGAACACGCGAUGGGGACCUGAUGACAAAGAUACAGAUGUUGCACGCGACAAGUGGGGAGACUACAACAAAAAAGAUCGGGUCCUAGAUAAGGGGUCUUCGCAUCUUCCCAAGGAUGAGAGGGAUGGAGAUCAUUAUCGCCCAUGGAGACUGAACUCUUCCUAUGCUAGAGGUAGAAUGGAUCCUGGUAACCAAACUUUGACCCCAAACAAGCAGGUCCCCGCAUUUUUACAUGGCCGUGGACGCGGGGAAAACCCUGCUCACGUCUUUUCCCUUGGCAGGGGAAAGGUUACUUCUGGGGUGAGUUCAGUUACCCACAUGGCAUCUAAUUUACAAUCUCUGGGAUCUGCUGUGGAAAAGGGUGAAAGUGGCCAUGGAGAACUCUACCCUGUAAACUAUAGCCGAACAAAAUUAAUCGACAUAUACAGGGUAACUGACAUGGUGAGCUAUGCAAGAUAUUUGGAAGGCAGCUAUGUUCAAGUUCCCUCACUUACACAAGAAGAGUCUAUAGAACCUCUGGCCUUUUGUGAGCCAACUGCUGAAGAAGUGGUUAUCCUGAAGGGCAUUGAUGAAGGAGAAAUCAUUAGCAGUGGUGCUCCACAGAUCAGUAAGGAUGGUGGAUCUGCUGGCCGAAUCACAACCGACCAUUUGCAGACGAGACGAAACAGGAUUGGUACUAAGGAUGAUUUUCCUGUAACUCUUGAUGAAUCUAAACAUGGUCUAGACAGCGCUGAAGGUUUGCUGAAUUAUUCAGAAGGUCUGUCCCAUGAAAAGAGGGCCUUUUCUGAUCAAAAGUUGAAUUCUGAAGGUUUAAUGGAGGAUUAUGGUAUUCAUCAGAAAGAAAGUGAUAUUUCCACUGCUAAGGAAUUAAGAUCACCAGGAAGCUCCUCAAUUCUUCAUGGGGGUUCAUGGAGAUCUUCGUCUUUUGUGGAACGCCCUCGUCCAACUUCUGAUCGGAGGGAGGUACCUGCUGAUAUUCAGAAAGAUUUUAACAAUGUUUGGGAUUCCAGCAUGAUGGCUUCACCCAACACCAAAAAUGGAGGACCUAAGUGGCAGGUGGGUGAUGAUCCAGUAAUAAGAAGACAACCUCCUCUGAUGUUUGACAGGGAGCCAGAACCACAUAAGAUUUCCCAACCAUCUCCUGAAGACCUAGUUCUUUACUAUAAAGAUCCGCAAGGUGAAAUUCAAGGCCCUUUUAGUGGGAGUGAUAUCAUUUCAUGGUUCGAGUCUGGAUAUUUUGGCCUGGAAUUGCAAGUUCGUUUGGGUGGUGCACCACCCAGCUCACCUUUUUCUUUACUUGGAGAUGUGAUGCCUCAUUUGCGAGCCAAGGCUAGGCCUCCACCUGGAUUUAGUAUGACCAAGAUAAAUGAACCCCAAGAUAUCUCUAAUAGAUUAAACUACAGUGGUUUGGGGGGGCUCAAUACAUUUUUAGGUGAUGCUGAUGUUACAAAAAAUGAUCAAAGGUACACACAGGGUUCCGCAACAGAGGCAGAAAACAGGUUUUUGGAGUCACUGAUGACAGGAAAAAUGAGUGGUGGCUCCCUCGAGAAGUUUGCUCUUUCAGAGGCUAUGCAAAGUCAGUGUGGAAAUAACACCUUUGCACAGCAACCUCCUCUGGUAUGCAACAGUGGAGAUGAGCGGUAUGCAUUGGCCAAAAUGUUGGCGCUGGAAAGGCAGAGAUCACUGCCAAAUCCAUACACACUCUGGCCUGGAAGAGAUGUUGCAACGGCAGAUAUGAAGGAUACACCAGUUGCUCACUCGAAGCUACUACAGUGUGUCACAGACAAUUCUUCCACACUGCAUCACUCUCAGAAUAUUGAAUCCAUGCACAUGUUUCCAGGCUCAUCUGAUCGCCCCUUGACUGCCAACAAUGCAGCUAGUUGGUUGAAUUUUCCUGCCGGUGGUUUGAAUCCGCUUCAGGAUAAGCUGGACAUUCAUUACCAUCAGAAUUUUCCUCCACAGUCUGCAUAUGGGAUACAACAGGAGAGACUACCUCCACAUACUACACCCUCAGCUAAUUUAUUAAAUCCACCUCUUGAUCCUUCCAAGAUGCUGACACAAGAAAAUCUUCUUGGUUCUGGUAUGUCUGAUGAUCCUCGACUACUUAGUUUGUUGCAACAGCAGUAUUUGCUGCAGUUGCAACAGCAAUCACAUACCUCUGUGGCAUCGCAGCAUUUGCCAAUUUUGGAUCAAAUGCUGUUGCUUAAGCAACAACAGAAGCAGGAAGAGCAGCAGCAGUUAAUGCGCCAGCAGCAGCAGUUACUUUCUCAAGUGCUCUCUGAGCGUGAACAGAUCCAACGACUGGGUGAGGCACCCUUUGCACAAUUGCAGGCAGGUGGUUUUAUGGCUGGAAAUGCUAAUGCUGAUCACAUCCAUAUACAACAACCACAAGAGUUAUUUCAGAUUGCUUCGCAGUCAUUAGCUUCCAAUGUAAGUGUAAACACUCCAGAUUUUGCUUUAGCUUCGGGUGUUGCUCAAGAUAUUAGCCUCAGGAUUGGCUCGGACACUUCGAUGCAUCUGCCACAGCAAAAUUUUGUAAAUAAUGUGAAGGAGAAUAACUGGGAUGCAUCACUUUUGGGACAUGUUGAGCAGCACAAGGGUUCCAGUUCGAUGGAUGUUACAGAUUUGUUUCAGAUGCCAGAGAAGAAAAUUGAACACACAUCAGAGCCUAUACCAAACAUCAAUGAUUCUGCUAGAGUUUUGAACUCUGACAUUGAGCAUUUGGCAGAAUCAAUUUCUCAGCAGCAUAUAGAAUUCAGUCAUGCCGAGGAGGGAUCCCAUCGGGGUGGAAAUGAAUUGAUGGAGACUCCUGUUGGAGCAGUUGAAGAACAAGAUGCCCAAAAACAUCAAAUUUGUGAUUCCUCUCCUGGAAACAUAGCAAAAAUUCGUGAAACUGGGGAAAUAAAAAAGGCACCUGAGAAGAAGUCAAAGAAGCAGAAAUCUACAAAGGCCUCUACUGAUGCAGGCAAGGGUAUCUCUAAGGCACAACAGUUAAAGCUCACAGAAGUUGAUGAAACAACAUCCAGUAGUGCAAAAUCUGAGACAAAUCUUGCCCAAGAAAACUCGUCUGUGGCAUCUGGAACAAAAAAAGAGAAAAAGAAGGGCAACAAAGUUUCUGAUAAUGGUGAUCUUCUAACUAAUCAAAUCACAUUGCCUGCUGUUGAUCAUUCAGAUGGUGUCAUGGCAGCUGAGACCAAGCUGCAGACUGGACCAGAUGCGCAUGCUUCUCCGUUGAACAUAGAAGCACAAACUGGACAGCGGGCAUGGAAAGCUGCUCCUGGAUUCAAGCCAAAGUCAUUACUGGAGAUACAACAGGAAGAACAGAGAAGAGUACAAAAGGUGACUGCAGUUUCUGAGAUACCAACUACAUUGAGUCACACAAGUACAUCCACUCCUUGGGCUGGUGUAGUCUCGAAAGCAGAUCCCAAGACGCUCACUGAAAUUCCACAGGAUGCCUCCAGCAAAGAACAAAAUGUUGCCAAGUCAGACAGUUCCUCAACUGCGCAGAUCAAGAAGAGCCAAGAAGAUUCAUUUUGGGAUAGUAGUGUUUCUCAUUUACAUGAAAAAGAGAAGGAAAUAUUUGAAAGUGCAUAUGGGGUACCCUUAACCUCAAAUAUGAGUUCCCAAACUGAUUCUUUUAAUGAUGGUGACUUUAUUGAUGCUAAAGAAAUCCGGAAGAGCUAUAAAAAGUCUAAAGCUAAAAAUGCAGGGGCUAAGGUUGCUACUGUAGCUCCAGUUGAUGUGUCAAUUGGAUCUAGUCCCGUUGAUAAGGGUAAAAGUACUCGCCAGACGCAGCAACAAAAGGAUUUGUUACCUGCGGUUCCGUCUGGUCCUUCAUUGGGAGAUUUUGUUCUUUGGAAGGGGGAGCAGCCUGCAAGUCCUCCUGCCCCUGCAUGGUCCACAGAUUCUGGAAAACCUCAAAAGCCAAUGUCAUUGAGGGAGAUCCUCAAAGAACAAGAAAAGAGAGAAAUCCCAAACCCUCCUAUUCAAAAACCUGCUACAACUCAACCUGCUAGAGUAAACGCUCCUUCAUGGUCCUCAUCUCCUGCAAAGGCUGCUACUCCCGUGCCAAUCAACUCACAAGCUGCUUCGUACACAAAGCAAAAAGUUGACGACGACCUUUUCUGGGGCCCAUUAGAGCAAUCAAGGGCAGAAGAGAAUCUGUCUGAAUUUCCUCAGCUUGGUAACCAGGGCAGCUGGGGAAGCAAAAGUACCCCAGUCAAAGGAACUCUUGGAGGGUCGUUGAACCGACAGAAGUCUACUGGUGGCAAAUCCAGUAAUUACUUACCUUCCAAUCCGUCUUCCCAAGCUCAUUCAUCUGUGAAAGGGAAAAAAGUUGAUUCAACCAAAAAUUCAGAGGCUAUGGACUUCAGGGAAUGGUGUGAGAGCGAAUCCAUAAGGCUACUUGGUUCAAAAGAUACAAGCAUCUUAGAGUAUUGUUUAAAGAUACCAAAAUCAGAGGCUGAAACUCUUCUAGUAGAGAAUCUUGGUUCCCUCGACGCCAACCGUGAGUUCAUAGACAAGUUCCUGAACUAUCGAGACUUUCUACCUGCUGACAUCCUUGAAAUAGCCUUCAAGAAUCCCAGUGACCGAAAGCCCACUGUUUCGGCAGCAGGAGAUAACAAUGCAAAUGAGCAGGGUACAUUGGGUGCAAUCGAUGGUGCAACAAAAGGAGGAAAAAAGAAGGGAAAGAAAGGGAAGAAAGUGAGCCCAUCUGUCUUGGGAUUUAAUGUGGUCAGCAAUAGGAUCAUGAUGGGAGAGAUCCACACAGUCGACGAGUAAUAGGACAUUGUAAAUACACACAUGAUCCGACCCAGGUAUGUCUGUAAAUGAGUUUUGAUUGCAGUAGGUAAUGGUACAUGCUUGCUCUACCAAUUUUGUUAUGUUGUUCAUAAUUUAUUGUAGUGUAGUUACUAGUACUAGUCUAGAGUUGAGGUUUGUUUUGUUUUGUUUUCUUGGCCCUUUGGAUCCUCGAUGGGUUUUUUUUUCCUCAAAUCAGGAUUCAAUGUUUUCUUAGAGUUGAAGUCAGUGGAAAUUGCUGAGUAUUCUUGUGAUAUUUGGAAUUAUUACAAGUUGUCAAGCAAUUUGGGAAUUUGAUAUAAUAGGAUUGUUAA